UAGCAAGCCUCACUUCCAAGCUCUCCGUGGAGCAUCGCUGGACAUUCUUCCAGAGUCAAGUUCGAGGGAAGAGGUCCAGAAUGGCAUCUUUCACUCGCAAGGUCCAGCGUCAGGACGUACCAGACAUGGGGGCGUUCACGCUAUGGUCUCGCAGUGGUCACAAUGAUUCCUAUGAACUCAAGGAUUGUGUUGUGAACAGCAUUAAGAGCAGGGAAAUCCCUGACAGAAGUGAAGCCGAAGAGGAGACUGAUCUACAGGGGUUAGUGUCCAAUAUUUUGGAUGAAGGUGGUGUCCAAAGCCGAAACUCACCUACUGGAAGCUCUCUUUGGUGUACAAAGUCUUCGACAGAAGAGUUUUCGACAUAUUUCCAAUCAGAGAAUACACAAGACAGCGCCACUUUUCUUCCUAACUAUGUUCCCAGCGAGGCUUUCCUUCAAGGACAAGUGGAGUUGGCGGGCAAAAAUGGCCAGAUCCCUCAGCAGCCCAAUGGCAGUUCUGCUAAUCAGCAGUGGCAUGUUUGUGUUCCUAAUGGAGACAGAGACAGCCUCUUCAGUCCUCCCUGGAGGCUGCCACCAGGUCUUCCCAUUCUCAAAACAGGAAACCACAUCUUAUCGCAGAUGUCGCCCAGCGAGUAUGACCUGUCAGCUGAUUUGCAGCAAGCAAAUCAUUGGCCUGUUAACGACUUCCCUCAAAUCAGCGAUGUCUUUCAGCAGCAAAGCGAGAUGUGCAGCUCUUUAUUUGAUCUUUACUCUGAAGGCCACUGCAAUGGAAGGAGUGCAAAGCCCAUGACUAAUACUGAGCAGUACCUCCCGGAAGACAUGAACCAAUUGGUAAUUGGUUUCAAGUCACCCAUGGCUGAUGAGCCUGACAGAGGACAUUCUAGAGGUUUUCCAAACAUGCAAAUAAAGACAGAACACCCCGAAGAAAGCAUGGCUGGACAAUGGAAAAUACCGAUCCAGACAAUGCCACCAGUGCACACCCAAAAACAGUUGGAGGGAGAAUUGUGGAGCAUGACAAGGGGCAGAAAUGGCAAAGUGGGCAAACCAACAUUCAAGCAUCACAACAUUCAAGGAUUGUCAGGGUUUGGCAAUGAAAAUGAAUAUUUCCUGCAAACAAAACCCAACGUCACAUCCCUAAAUCCCCCAAACCAGUACCAAAAUAGGAUAAAUAGAAACAUGCACCAGUUUUCAAAUCACCGCAGCCAGCAGCACAAGAUGAAACCACAGAUGCAGAAGGAAAGGAAGAGGAUGUCUGGCUCGUUUGGAGAAAGGCCCCAAAUCAACAGUCACGUGACAGAGAAUUACAAGACAUCACACUCUGACCUCCUGCUGAACAUGCAGAGAGCAGCUGGAGAAGACAGCAUGGGGGGCAUGCUGUCGUUCAUACCGCUUGUAUAUGCCGCCGGUGACUCCUGGUUGCCUGUCAAGUCUCAGGCAAACCUCACCUCAAGCUACACUGUGUCUAAGGGAAGCUCCCCUUCUGGCAUGACUACCUCUGAUAUGAUGUCCAACCACGGGGCUGCGGCAUUGUACGCUCAACUCAAUCACUCCAAGCCUCACACUGGAGAGAGUUAUGGCAUGGGUUCAGCUUUGGCAGCUUCACUGGAAAAGAAUCAAGGGAUGCUCAUGAUGCAGCUUUACCUCCACCUGGAUGAGUGCUAUGAACAGUGGCGGUACUUGGAGAAGGAGUGGAAGAAGACGGAGGUCAUUCUCGCCAAAACAUUCCCCGGGGAAUGGAAGCCACCGUCGACUUCCACUAGCCCGCCUGGAUCUCCAGCGAACCCAUUGCGAGUUGAGGAUCUCAUAUUUAACCAGAAGAGGGAGCAAUCCAGGGUGGAGUGCCUUUUGUUUAAAAUGGAGUGUGUUUGCAACGUACCGCUUCAUGCCAACAUCUGCAUGGCGCUGAACAAUCAUCACACAGCCAUGUCCUGCAUCUCGGAGCUUGUGAAAGUGUCCCAGCGCCAGCGGGACAGAGGUCAUCUCAUAGACGACAGAGACACCAUGUUGUUGGUCAUGGGCCUGAAAGAGCUUGCGGCGUCCACCAGGAAGCUCCGUACGGCCCUGUGGUGCGCUCUUCAGAUGUGCCUGCCAGAACCUAUCAAUAGGCCGGACCACCAGGUUGUAAACAGGGAAGAGACACACACACACCGCUGCCUCUCUCCUCCCAACGUUGGCUACUCUUUUAGGAUCUAGUGGACAACAAAAUGAGUUACAGGCAUGAGUGGUUAAUUUUAAACCCAAUGGCAGAAUGAUAAAUUCCCACGAUACCAACUUAAAUGCAGCACCUUCCUAAAAAGGACACAUUGCUGUUGACCUGGUGAUCAGAAUAACAAUUGUUUUGACACCUCGUGGCUUCAGGUGGAUGGACUGUAUAAAGAGCUGCACCAUUUAAUGAAUGAAGUGACCCGACUAAAUUUAUGCCAGUCUUUCUCCAUUUCAACUUUAUUUAAACAUCACUAUUUAUGUUCUUUAUUAUUUAUUAACCUGUUGAACUCAUCACCAACUAUUCCUCACCACUAUUUGAAUCAUAAUCAAAAUAGUACAUUAACUUUUUUCCUGUAUUAUUUGGAACAGUUUAAACAACGGUAGAUCAAAUAUCUAGACAAUAUGAUGUUUUUAAUUCAUACUCGUCAAUCACUUUUUUCCACAGGGAGCAUAUGACAAGUAAUUAUUACUGUGUCAUACUACAAUACUAUCAGUGAACUGUAAGAUGGAAAAGUUAAGGUUAACAUUUUCUGGAUGAAAUAUAAAAAGAAAAAAAAAUCUUAAGAGGCUUGGCACUUCUGAGACUUCACUUGGGUUUUGUUAGCAAAGUUUUCAGAAAACCCAUGCACAAUUUAGUGCAGUUUUAUCUCUACAGCAAACAUUUCGAGCGACCUUUGAAUCCAAUCUUAUUAGCAAUUAGUUUGUCAGUUUGACAUUAAAGUUGACAGCUCAGUCGUUUAGCUGCUUGAGUGUCAGUAUUACGAUUGUUCCAGUCCUUAUUAUUUUAUGUAUGAUGUUAUGUUGUUUUUCACCAUUCUACAUGCUUGUACAUGUAAACUUUCAAAAUUAAAAGUACUGA